AUGGUUCUGCUGUUCAUCGACCUUGAUAGAGAGCAUCGCGAGCUGCUAGUCCGCACCAUUACCGGGAUCCUCUCCACCAAACUUGCAGAAAUCACGUACAGACAGAUUACCCAAGGCCUUCCGAUUUCCAACGUUGCAUACUACUCACGCGUCCCGCCUUACAGCGGCAAUCCCAUGGACCAUGCCCACGAGGAGCUAUGCCCAGGCAUGCUGGACAGGUCGAGCACAACGACGACGGGCGUCACCGACUGGGCGCCGCCCGAGUCCAACUCUGAAAAGUUGCAUCCGGACGUCCUGCUUCCCACCCUCUUCCACCACAAACGGUACGUAGACCACGACCGGUAUCUUCGACACGUCGCCGACAUGGUGGGCGAUUACUGA